AUGUUCCUAUGUGUUGCGUUGCACUUACCGAACUAUCCAGGAGUAAGUAGCUCAGAGAUUGCCUUCCUUCGAUUCCAUAUCACUGGCAUUGACUCCGCAGUGAAGUGGCUGACGAACAGUGGUAUACUCGUGGUCCUUCUAACCAUUCAUCGGAUUGAGGCCGUCGAAGAUCUGGUGGUGGCCCCAGGUCCAGAUGAUGAACGCGAGGGCGGUGACCUUGAACAAGAGGCUGAGUACGAUAUAUACAACAACACCCAGAUCAACGUUUGCAACAACGUGGUGGAUGGAGUAUAUCUGCCCUAUGUGGGUGAUUGCGAUAAGUAUAUCGAGUGUAAAAAUAACGCAAUACUGGAAAUAGGCAGCUGUUCCGAAUUAGACAAGGCCUCUGACCCUCCGCAACUGUGCCCCAAUGCGAGUGAGACGUGUAAUGUGGGCUACGAUCCGGUGCUCCAGAUAUGCACCUACCUAGAUAAAGUGAAGUGCCUGCCCACCUGCGAUUCGGAGCGAUUGAGUAGCUUCUGCUACGACAACACCUGCACCAAGUACGUGCUCUGCUAUUACGGAAAACCCGUGUUGCGGGAAUGCCACGAUGGGCUGCAGUACAACAAUGUGACGGAUCGCUGUGACUUUCCCGAGUACGUGGACUGUGUGGCCAACGACUGCUCGGCCACCUUCCAGCCGAAGGACAUCAUCUACCUGGCCAGCAAGGCGUCCUGCAGCAAGUACUUCGUCUGCUCCGAUGGCCAUCCGUGGGAACAGGAGUGCGCCCCCGGAUUGGCCUACAAUCCGGAGUGCAAGUGCUGCGAUUUCGCCAAGAAUGUCAACUGCACGAUUGAUGCUGCGGCCAGGAAUAUUGUGCCCUAUUCCCGUUCCCCACUGCGACGUGCUGACAUCGAGUGCCCCCAUGUGGGAAUUCACUUCUAUCCGCACAAAUCCCGCAGGGAUGCGUACUACUACUGCGUCGAGGGUCGUGGAGUCACUCUGGACUGCACUCCGGGUCUUCAGUACGAUCAGAAGGUGGAGGAGUGCCGCAAGCCGCAAUUCGUUGGAGUCUAACUGAGUUUU